AAACCAAAUUCCAAAUACAUAUAGCAAUGUUUGGUAGAAAAGACGAUGAUAUAUGGACACGCAUGAGCAGUAACUAACAAGAGCAACCAACACAGCGGCAGGAGAGUGACGGAAAAAAAUGGGUUACACAAUCUCGAAUUUCUCCGCCGCUUCAUCAUCGUUAUUCGCAACUCAAACUAACAAUAUCCAUAAUCAUAAGCUACAAAAAGCGCGUUCAUCUUCUUCUUCAUUUUCACUUAACACUACUCACCACCACCACCGACAACCACUACACCUUCGUUUUCAUUCUUCCGAUGUGUUCCCUCUCCGUUCAUCCUAUACGCGACCCCUUUCUCAUUCUUCUAUGACUGUGAAGGCGGUGGCGCAGACGGAGGAGCCGCUGCGUGUUAUGAUUUCCGGUGCUCCUGCUUCUGGUAAAGGAACUCAGUGUCAGCUUAUUGCUAACAAAUACGAUUUGGUGCAUGUUGCUGCUGGAGAUUUACUAAGGGCAGAAAUUGCAACCGGAAGUGAAAAUGGAAAGCGUGCGAAAGAAUAUAUGGAGAAGGGACAGUUGGUCCCUGAUGAAAUAGUUGUCAUGAUGGUCAAGGAUCGUCUCUUGAAGCCAGAUUCAGUAGAGAAUGGUUGGCUUUUAGAUGGAUAUCCCAGGAGCUUAUCACAGGCUACUGCACUUAAGGAAUUAGGGUUUGAACCUGAUAUUUUUAUUCUUCUAGAGGUCUCUGAAGAUAUUCUUGUGGAGAGAGUAGUUGGAAGGAGAUUAGAUCCUGUUACUGGAAAAAUAUAUCAUUUGAAGUAUUCUCCUCCAGAAACAAAAGAAAUUGCAGAUAGGCUUACUCAACGUUUUGAUGAUACUGAAGAGAAGGUAAAGUUGCGAUUGAACACCCAUCAUCAAAAUGUGGAGGCAGUCCUUUCCAUGUUUAAAGAUAUAACCAUUAAGAUUAACGGAAAUGCCUCUCAGGAGAAUGUAUUUACUCAAAUUGAUGCCGCACUUACAAAUCUUUUAGAGCAAAGGAAAUCAUCUUCAGAAUCUAUGGUAGCAUAGAAGAUAAUCGUUCGACAUUUUGAUGUACCAUGGUGGUGUCUUGAUGGAGGUAAUGGAUUUACAACUAUAUAGUUAUUUUUUUAAAUCAGUUAUAAGAGUCAAAAUAAGCCUCAUUUCAUCGUUAAGCUCAAUAGUACAGUGUUGUAUUGGACCUCAUUUUCAGUGAUAGUAAAAUCCGCCUCAAAUUGUACAAGUUAUUAUUAGUGAGAAAACGGCGGAUGUAGUGAGUCGUAGUUUGUUGGUUUGGUUCCUCGUGUUACUUCUGGUCUGUAUGUUGUGUUCUUUACCAUUUUCUGUAUAUUAUCACUGGAAAUUAUGUAUUUGAUUUAAGAAGCAAAAUAAAAAAAUAAGGAAAAUCAUCCAUUCAAUGUUA